UGUUGUCGUUUGCGUUUGAGUAUUUGACAGCUUGGGUUUGUGCGGCUCCGGUCUGUUGUCUGUCCGACUUCAACUGUUCGUGGACUUGUUCAGGUGGCGUUGCUUCUGCUUGCAGUUUGUACUGUUGUCUUCAGAUGCGCAUUGUUUUACUCGUGCUACGUCAAGCGAGUUUCCCGAAUGGAUUUGAAAGUUGUUUGGAUUUAGAUGCACUCCAGUGUUGUGUGUUAACGUCUGACAGAAUAUUCAGUUUAGUUUUUUGAUAUGACUGGUUCCUCCAGUUGUAUUUGCUUGGAAGGAUUUAGUUUUAAUUCAGUUUCUUGAAGUUAGUGUCUGAUUGUUUAUAUUAUGCCGGCUGCUGACAUGACGAUGACUACAGAUGAGAAGGAACCUGAUAAGGCACCCGUGGUCAAUGGAACCGAGACUCUUCCCCGACAAACUGGCAAACAGACUGACCCCAGCACAGCGUUCCUGCGUGCUGCCCGUGCUGGUCACCUGGACAAGGUCCUCGAGCUACUGGACUCCGGCGUUGACAUCAACUCCUGCAACGCUAAUGGACUGAAUGCCCUUCACCUAGCUGCGAAGGACGGUCAUGUCAACAUAGUUACAGAGUUGCUGAAGCAAGGGUGUCAUGUAGAUGCUGCUACCAAGAAGGGAAACACUGCACUGCACAUCGCUGCUUUGGCUGGGCAGGAGGAGGUUGCUCGAGUGUUGGUGCAGAAUGGCGCACAAGUCAACGUGCAGAGCCUCAACGGCUUCACCCCUCUCUACAUGGCAGCGCAAGAGAACCAUGAUGGAGUGGUCAAGUUCCUCCUCGGCAAAGGAGCCAACCAGGCUCUGGCCACUGAGGAUGGCUUCACUCCGCUGGCUGUGGCCAUGCAGCAGGGCCAUGACAAGGUGGUGGCCGUGCUGCUGGAGAAUGACACCAGAGGGAAGGUACGACUGCCUGCUCUACACAUUGCUGCCAAGAAAGACGACUGCAAAGCUGCUGCUCUCCUUCUACAGAAUGAGCACAAUCCUGAUGUAACAUCUAAGAGUGGGUUUACGCCUCUUCACAUUGCUGCUCAUUAUGGCAACGUCAACAUAGCCAGCCUUCUUCAUCAGAAGGGAGCCAACAUCAACUAUGCAGCAAAGCACAACAUCACUCCACUACAUGUUGCGUCCAAGUGGGGCAAACAGCCGAUGGUUCAGUUCCUGUUAGAGAAGGGAGCAGCGAUUGAGAGCAAGACUAGGGACGGCCUCACACCCCUACACUGUGCUGCACGUUCUGGACACGACCAGGUGGUGGACCUGCUGGUGGAGAACAAGGCUCCCCUCUGCUCCAAAACCAAGAAUGGGUUGUCGCCCCUGCACAUGGCCUCGCAAGGUGACCACGUGGAUGCAGCUCGUAUCUUGCUGUACCAUGGCGCCCCGGUGGACGAGGUGACAGUAGACUACCUGACAGCUCUCCACGUAGCAGCGCACUGCGGCCAUGCCAGGGUCGCUAAGCUACUGCUUGACCGCAAGGCGGACCCUAAUGCUAGAGCACUCAACGGCUUCACUCCACUCCACAUUGCUUGCAAGAAGAAUCGCAUAAAAGUAGUUGAACUGUUACUCAAAUAUGGAGCUUCCAUUGAAGCCACUACUGAGAGCGGCUUGACUCCACUCCACGUUGCCAGUUUCAUGGGCUGCAUGAACAUUGCCAUCUACCUGCUGCAACACGACGCAAGUCCAGAUGUGGCGACUGUGCGAGGAGAGACACCCCUUCACUUGGCGGCACGUGCCAGUCAGGCGGACAUUGUGCGCAUACUACUGCGUAACAACGCGAGUGUGGACGCUCGGGCCAGGGAGGACCAAACACCUCUCCACGUAGCGUCAAGGCUCGGCAACAGCGACAUUGUGCUGCUGCUGCUUCAACAUGGAGCUUCAGUAGACGCCACCACCAAGGACCUCUACACACCCCUGCACAUAGCGGCCAAGGAGGGCCAGGAUGAGGUAGCAUCCGUGUUGCUGGAGAAUGGUGCUUCACUGUCGGCUACAACAAAGAAAGGGUUCACCCCCCUCCACCUGGCGGCCAAGUAUGGCAACAUGAAGGUGGCCAGGCAGCUGCUGCAGAGAGACGCUCCUGUAGAUGCUCAGGGGAAGAACGGAGUGACUCCGCUGCAUGUAGCUUCUCACUAUGACCACCAGAAUGUAGCAUUGCUGUUGCUGGACAAAGGAGCCUCGCCUCAUGCCACUGCCAAGAACGGACACACACCUCUGCACAUCGCUGCUCGCAAGAAUCAGAUGGACAUAGCCACAACCCUGCUGGAGUAUGGAGCCAAGGCCAAUGCAGAGUCCAAGGCUGGCUUCACCCCACUACACCUGGCAGCACAGGAGGGACACACUGACAUGUCCAGCCUCCUCAUUGACUUCCAAGCCAAUGUAGACCAUCAGGCCAAGAACGGUCUAACACCACUACAUCUUUGCGCACAGGAAGAUAAAGUCAAUGUUGCAGCAAUUCUAGUCAAAAAUGGUGCAAACGUCAAUUCUACCACAAAGGCGGGCUACACCCCUCUACACGUAGCCAGUCACUUUGGCCAAGUGAACAUGGUGAGGUUCCUGUUGGAGAAUGGCGCCAGUGUAGACGCCGGCACUAGCCUGGGUUACACACCACUACACCAGGCGGCGCAGCAGGGCCACUCCCUCAUCAUCACGCUGCUGUUGAAACACCGGGCCAACCCCGACGCUGUUACCAACAACGGACAGACAGCUCUCUCCAUUGCUCACAAACUAGGCUACAUCAGUGUGGUGGAGACACUCAAGGUGGUGACAGAGACCACCAUAACCACCACUACUACAGUCACUGUGGAGGAGAAGUACAGAGUGGUGGCUCCAGAGGCAAUGCAGGAGACAUUCAUGUCUGACUCUGAGGAUGAUGGAGGUGGGGAUGAAAUGUUGGCUAUGGCGAUGAAUGUCUAUGGGAAGCCCACCCAUGCUCAACAUGUCUACCUGCCAUACUACCAGGGCCAGAUGCUCUACACUCGUGAAGACCCCAUGUUGAGUGACCAGCAACAGUACAGGUACAUGACUGUAGAUGACAUGAAGUCUCUAGGAGACGACUCUUGUAAGAUCGACGUCACCCGAGACGAGAGAGGCGACCACUUACGAGACUCCAUCGCCCCAGGAAAUGAGCUGAUUAUCAGUCCUCACUACUUGAAGGAGCAAUACCAGGUGAACCAAGCAAGCCAAGCAAAUCAGUCGACUACCAGCAUUCCUGACAAUGUUGACAUUGCUCGCACGCCCAUACAUGUCGGACUGGUGAGGUUAGAACGAUCGCUGAGUCGUCUCGGAGACUGCAGCAGCAGUUGCGGGAUGUGGAGGGACAGCAAGCACCAAUGGAAGAAUUUCCUGGUGAGUUUCUUGGUGGAUGCCCGAGGUGGAGCGAUGCGAGGGUGUCGUCACUCGGGUGUUCGGGUGAUUGUUCCCCCUCGCAAGGCUCCCAGUCCCAUGCGGGUGACUUGCCGCUACCUCAGGCGGGACAAACUCGCCCACCCACCACCCCUGGGUGAAGGCGAGGCCCUGGCCAGCCGUAUACUGGAGCUUGGGCCGGCCGGUGCUAAAUUUCUUGGACCUGUGAUAAUCGAAGUGCCACACUUUGCGUCGCUACGAGGUAGAGAGCGAGAGUUGGUGGUGCUGAGAUGUGACAACGGCACCAACUGGAGGGAACACACACUCGAUGCUAGUGAGGAGGCUGUACAGGACGUUCUUAACGAGAGCUUCGAAGGAGAAGAAUUAAGGCAGUUGGAGGAUUUACAAACUAACCGCAUCACCAGGAUAGUGACGGUGGAGUUCCCCCAGUACUUGGCUGUAGUGUCUCGUAUCAGACAGGAGCUCCACGCCAUCGGACCAGAGGGUGGCGUAGUCUCCUCCACAGCUGUGCCUCAGGUGCAGGCUCUCUUCCCUCCCAAUGCCCUCACCAAGAAGAUCAGAGUUGGCCUACAGGCACAGCCCAUAGCACCAGAGGUGGUGUCCAAGUUGUUGGGUAACCGAGUGGCCGUGUCUCCUAUUGUUACCGUAGAACCGAGGAGACGGAAGUUCCACAAACCCAUCACUCUGACCAUACCCUGUCCCACGGCAGCCAACAAGGGGAUGAUCAACCAAUACAGUGGAGACGCUCCCACCCUCAGGCUACUCUGCAGUAUCACAGGAGGAAACUCAAGAGCGCAGUGGGAGGACGUGACUGGCUCGACACCUCUCACGUUUGUCAAGGACUGUGUCUCCUUCACCACCACAGUGUCAGCCAGGUUCUGGCUCAUGGACUGUCGGCAUGUCAGCAAUGCUUCCAACAUGGCGUCUGAACUAUACAGAGAAAUCACUCACGUUCCUUUCAUGGCCAAGUUUGUGGUGUUUGCUAAGAGGAUAGACCCUCUAGAGGCUAGACUAAGGGUGUUCUGCAUGACAGAUGACAAAGAAGACAAGACUUUGGAACACCAAGAACACUUCACGGAAGUCGCUAAGAGCAGAGAUGUUGAGGUUCUAGAAGGAAAACUGCUAUAUGUAGAGUUUGCUGGUAAUCUCGUUCCAGUCACAAAAUCUGGAGAUCAACUAGAGCUCAGCUUCAAAGCCUUCAAAGAGAACCGGUUACCUUUCACUGUGAGAGUUAGAGAUCCGGACGAGAAGGCUAUGGCUCGUAUCCUCUUUAUGUCCGACCCUAAGGUGGCAAGAGGGGAACCUAGUCAGAUGCCUGUCUGUACCCUCAACAUUACUCUACCUGAGGAUAUUGUCAGGGAACCUACACCCUCCGAGUCAGACCUCUACCUCGUAGACAAGAACUACAGCUUCCUGCGGGACCAUGGCUUAGGGAACACAGAGACAAUUCAUAGAGCGGACAUCAGGCUGUCAGAUAUUUGCAAUCUACUGUCAAUGGACUGGGAACCUUUGGCUUUAGAGCUUGGACUGACUCAGUCAGAUGUUGAUCUGAUACGCUCGGAGUAUCGGAACAAUGUGCGACAGCAAGCCAUGAUCAUGCUGCGUCUAUGGAUGACAAGCAAAGGCAAUCAGGCUUCUGGGAAUAGUUUAGAGAAGGGGCUGAGGGCAAUCGGUAGAGAGGACAUUGUGACUCAGUGCAUCACCAAUGUAGAGCUGGUGACAGAUGAUGUAGAGAGAGCUGUGGCCAAGGUGCAUCUCGACCAAUCAGGCUUCGACACCCUUAAGGAGGAGCUAGGCCCGAGCAGAGACACAUCACUGCGGCGCAACGCUUCCAUGGACCAGAGCUACAACUUUGAUGACUCCAAGGGCCCAGACUCAUUAGAAGCAUGUAGCACUCCUAAAAAAGAAAAAGAUUUUAGCUCAGAAGGAAGAGAUGUUGUAGAUAAUUCCAAAUACGAAGCAGAAGAAAAGAAGAUCACUGCCGACUUUUUAAACCAUGAAGUUACUGCACUUGACAUAAAUAAAGGUGUUAAAAGAAAAACCUCAAAAACACCACCUCCAAGUCCUGCAGAGUUCCAAUCUGAAUUAGAAUGGCAGAAAAAUGGUGGUCUUGUGACAGGAAAUGGACUUGACAAUGGAAAGUGGGAGACAACACAGAUCAUUCACUCAGAGCAGAGACUUCAGACGACACCUUCUGACAAAGACAAUGAUGGUCAGUGUGUGAGCAGUGAUUCUGACAGUGACUGCAUAGACGGUGUGGUGUCUGAUGUGAGAGGCACCAACCGUGGAGGUCCAGGCAGAGUCAAGCGCAAAACUCUAGGCAGCUCUAGUGGCUCCGAUGUGGCCAUGCACGAGGGUAACGAACUCUCCGACGACGACCACACAGGUUCAGAUUUGGCGCAUGAAUUGACAAAUGUUGGCAGUGAUGUUGACAUUCGCAGGUUCAUUCCUGGAGUAGCUGGUCUCUCCCCAUAACACCCAAGGACGGACAAUCCUUAAUUACUCCAACUAAAUUAUUUAUUGACAAAUCUAUAUUUAUUGCUAGAGGCCAAGAGAUUUUAAUGUAUGUUGAAAGAUCAGAUUUUAAAUCAUAUGAAACUUUAUAAGUUGUUUUCAGCUUAGAGCGUGCUGUCGCUGUCAGUAUUAUCUCGCCUUGUUACAAAGCACUCUUCUUGUUACUAUGAGAUGCACGAAUAAUUUUAAAAGUAUAUUUAUAUCAUUUACAUUUUUAAAUAUAGACGCAACUAGGUUGUAUUAAAACUUGUUUAAUAUUGAACUAUGUAAAAUAUUUAAUAAAUACUGCUGCUAUAGUUAGGUACAAA